UUACCCCAGCAACCGAUUAAGCGUCACCAUUCUCGACUCUGAAAUUCAUGACUGCGCAUUUCUUCUCAGAGAUAGUCCCGUCUCUUUGGGUGAGGAAAAAAUAGCAUUCACGGAGGAGUCAUGGAGGAUAGUGAAUAAAGAACAACAAACCAGAUGUCUUUCCCCCCCGUCUGUUCGGACUGUGUAUGUUCGUGCUGCGAGCGAAGCUGGACGGCCCGACCUGAACCACCUCGCUGUGCCCGUGCUGUUGCCGCUAACGUUUCCAGGCGGCGGCCAACAUGUCUGAGGAUGAUAGUGAAUGGGUCGUAGAGAGCAUCGUUGGCUACCUGGGAAGUCCCGAGUGGGUCAUUCCCGUCACGGACUUCAUGGAAAACAAAUGCACAGUUUUCGACGAUGAAGAUGAAAACAAGUUAUCAUACACAGAAAUCCAUCAGCAGUACAAGAGACUGGUGGAGAAGCUGCUGGAGAAUUACAUGCAGGAGGUUGGCAUCAACGAGCAGCAGUUUCUGGAUGCGUGCACCUCUCCCUUUGCCAAGUCCAGAACCCUGCAGUCUGUGUUCCAGCCAGUUCUGGCUACAGACGACUUCCAGAUGUUUCGCUCGCUGAUGGUCCAGAAAAACAUGGAGCUGCAACUUCAAGCCCUCAGGGUCAUCAAAGAAACGAACGGAGAACUCCCAGAGUGUCUGACUGAUGGUGUGGACGUGAUGACAGAGUUGCAGCAGCAAGAGAUGAAAAUCUUGCAGGAGGUUCUUAAAAAGUCGAAAGAGGAGUACGAUGAGGAAAUGUCCAGGAAGUUGCUUGUGGAGGAAGAGGUCGGUUCCACCUCCAGCAGAUGUUCUGAUAAGCCUGUGGCAGAGAUUGAUGAGGCCAAGACGUCCACGUCUUCUCCCGGCCAACAGAGCAACGCUGCCAAGGCCAAACCUGAGGGUAAUGGUGACAACAGCACCAGUAAUGGUCACCACACCCCACUAGUGAACGGGAACACUGCCACUGAGGUUCCUCUGGUCAACCAUUCCAAGAGAGAAGGCGGCAAGACUUCUGCCACAGCAAAGAGCAGCUCCUCCUCUAAAUCAACACCAGGUGUGGAGGCCAGAGUACUUCCAGCAGUGAGAGCCCCUGUAAAGCCCAGUGAGCCGUCCACCUGCACCAGUCCUCAGACCAAGGAGCAGAGCGGCAGCAGCAGCAGCAGCAGCCAGACCUCAGCCGAGGCGUGGCUGGAGGAGGCGCACAAGGAGGCUGGUUUCUCUAAGCCAUAUAAAGAGUUGUCGGCGUCACAGCAGGAGCAGCUCCAGCAGAGGGCAGCGUAUCUGCGUCAGCAGCGAGACAAGCUGCACGCGCUCCGAAAAGAACAGCAGAAAACCAGGCAGAUGACCCCACCAGAGGAGGCGCCCACCAAACCCACACCAGCACCCACCAGCACAACACCGCAUCCAGAACAGAGGCAGAGGGGCAGUCCCAGAGGAAUGGGGCCUGUUCUCCUCCUCCUCCUCCCCCUCCUCUUGCUCCUGCUCCUCCUACAGCACAACACUCUCCUAACUCCUCCAAUCAGAAGGAGAUAUCUGCUGAAGAGAGGAAGAAGCUCCAGAAGAGAAAGCAUCUGGCUGACAAGCUGAAAGAAGAAGUGAUCAAGAAAUAACUUCCCCUCCUAGUGCAAUAAUCUUGUUUCUGUCCUGUCCCUUUACUCUGUUAAUUCAGACACAUGGCUUCCUUCUCACUGCCACAUAAUCCACUUCACGUUAGAGUUUUUCUCCAAAGAAUCAUAAAAAGUACAAGAUCUUCCUUCUUCAGAGUUUCACUGCUGUCUAGAGCAAGAAGUGUGCAUCUCAUUUUCUGAUUAUACCAGUGGACCCUCUCUACUCUAACAAGCCACACAAGUAUUCAAAGGUUUCUUUUAGCGAGAAUUCUGCUAAAGUUAGUUGGAAAUGGUUUUUAUUUGACUUCAAAUUAGUAGAUGAUGAUGAUUGUGUCCAAAAUCACCCUUCAUUUACCACUAAGUGCACUAUAUUUACUUUAAUGAUGCUUUAGAGUCUAAAAAAAAAAGGCAAAAAAAGUUACUGGCUCUUUCAUGCUCUUUGUACCUUUAAAAAUCCUACACGAUAAGUACACUACUCGCUAGACAUCUCUGGAGCGGCAACAAUUCAACGGCUGGUCAAUCGACAGCCACUUUUGUCAUUUUACAGCGAAGGUGCACAUGAAAAAUAUUAUUUUGACACGUAACUGUUGAGCUCAAUGGAAUUUUUCAAUUUUCUUCCAUUUUAUAGAUGAUAAUUCAAGACGGUGACCGUCAGAAUAGUUUGUUGCGGCAAAAGUGUCACACAACAAUGCUUUGAGUAGAUGUGAAAAUUAUUAUUAUGCAACACUACAUCAGUCAGUGAAUGAGGUGGAUGGUGUCUGAGAUCCAGUUUGAUUAGUGGAGGGAUUCUGGACGCAGCUCGUUCCUCUGUACACGACGAUUAAAGACGUUACGAGGCGUGUGACGAUUCAGAGUUGGUGUUUAACCACUGCUGGUCUUGGAGAAUUAGGGGCGGGCGGGGGUCGGCCAUUAUUGAUGGCGGGAAGUUGCUUUUGGGAGGUCUUAUGUUAGCAUUCCCACUGUAGCAGCUCAUGCUAGUUAAAGAAACACAGUGAGAGUUGUCAAGGUGAACACAUCACCACGAGUUCAUGACGGGGGCCAAGAGAACAGUUUCUACAAGGAGUGCAGUAUUUAUCUUCAAACCGAUCCUCACUUAAAGAAAUAAUGCACCGAUUUCUAUGUAAUAUUGUUAUCAUGUAUGCUGUUUAAUAAAUCACAUUUUAUAGAAA